GCGCGGCGGCGGGAGGGACCGGCCCGGGCGUGAGGGGGGACAGGCUUGUGAUCACCAUGGCAGCGGUGGAUCGUUUCUCCCUCUUGUACAGGGAGAUCAGUCGUUCCUGCAGUUUCUACAUGGAAGCCCUGGCUCUUGUUGGAGCUUGGUACACCGUCAGAAAGUGUGUGUCUCUGGCCUUUGACGCUUACAGCAUGCUCCGGUGGCAUGUUAUGCCCAGGCUGGGCUGUGAGGUUGAUCUCGUCAAGCAGUAUGGGCAAUGGGCCGUGGUCACUGGGAGCACGGAUGGUGUCGGGAAGGCGUACGCCGAAGAGCUGGCAAAGCGGGGAGUCAACCUUGUCUUGGUCAGCCGGAACAAGGAGAAGCUGGAGGCUGUGUCCAGGAGCAUAUCUGAAACGUACAAAGUGGAAACAGAUUUCAUAGUAGCUGAUUUCAGCAAGGACCGUGAGCCUUACCCAGCCAUUAAAGAGGCUCUGAAAGACAGAGAAAUUGGGAUUUUGGUGAAUAAUGUGGGAAUAUUUGCUGAAUGCGUGGACUAUUUUGCUAAUCUGUCUGAGGAUGUGCUGUGGGACGCGAUCCAUAUAAAUAUUGCUUCUGCUAACAUGAUGACACAUAUUGUGCUGCCAGGUAUGCUAAAGAAGAAGAAAGGGGCAAUUGUGAACAUUUCUUCUAUAGCCUGUUGUCAGCCAGCACCACUGAUAGCAAUCUAUGGAGCCUCUAAAAUAUACUUGGACUAUUUCAGUAGAGCAAUACAUCAGGAGUAUGCCUCAAAAGGAAUUUUUGUUCAAAGUCUAAUCCCAAGCCCAAUUGCUACAAAAAUGGUAGCAUUCAGCAGCUUUCUGUCAAAGAGAUCUUUCUUGUUACCUUCUGCUGAAGAAUAUGCAAGUCAUGCUGUUUCUACUCUUGGGGUAUCCACAAGGACUGCUGGUUACUGGAAGCAUGAAAUCCUGCUGGCGCUGGCCGAGCGCCUGCCGGAGUGGAUGCGGGCACGGCUCACCCUGUAUAUCACCAGGAUUCUAUGCAAGCAAGCGGUGGCAUCCCGAGGGAAAUAGGGGCGUCCAGAGGUCCUGUGUGCCGAGUGCUGGACUCUGAUCAGUGCUGCAGAGAUGUGCAAUGAACCUGGGAGGACUUACUGUGACUUACCCAUACCUUGAGAAACAAGCUAUGUAACCUAGA